AAAGAUCAGCGUGACAUAUUGACAGCUGAUUGCAGCUGAUUAGUAGUGGGUACCGUGGGAAGGAGUGGUGGGACGAGCUCCGUUGAGGAGAGCUCAGCGCUACCGUUCAUCACAUGUUUAUUGAGCAUGAUGAAAUCCUUGUCAUGACAACGGACGCCGAGCAAGGAUGUCGAGGAAGCAAGACGGGAGCAAGACUAAGGUCGAUUACAAGGCGCGGCUCGAGUACAAACUGUACCUGGCUAGAGAAAAUCCAGAGCCGGUGUUCGAUGUGUCGGAAUGUGCCUUGAAGAAUGUGCCAUCGGGCAUCUAUUCGCUUUGCAAGGUGUUCCGAAAAAUAACCCUGCUAAUGUAUGAUAACAAGCUGAGCUCACUCUCGGGUGGUGGUGCCUUAAGUGACUUGUCAUUGUUGACUGUAUUAGAUAUUCAUGGAAACGAGUUUACUGCGUUACCCUCUGAUAUUAAGUAUCUUUCUUCUCUCAAGGAGCUUCACUUGCAAGACAACAACAUUCGUAAACUGCCCAACGAAAUAGUGUAUUUGAACAAGUUAACAAUUUUGAAUGUCUCGAAGAACAACCUGAAACAGCUGCCUGAUGAAAUUGGACAGCUGCAGCAGCUUAAUACUUUUGACAUUAGUCAUAACAAAUCACUGCAUAAGCUGCCAAAGUCUCUAGGCUAUGCUCAACAACUGACGAGUUUAAAUAUUGAUGGAUUAAACUUGUUAUAUCCAUCUCAGGAUAUUUUAGAGGGUGGUGCGAUAGUGAUUGUCGCUUUUUUGGCGAAUGAGAGUGGCAUCGAGUACUCGCCGGAGAAUUCGAUAUCAGAGACCGAGAUCUCGAAAGACAUGAGCUCGGAAGACACGCAGACGGUAUACCAUAAUAAGAAUAAUGACGUGCAGGAACAUAGGCAAAAUGCCUUGUUGGAGGUGGAGAAAAACAUAAAGCAACAACAGGAAUACGAAAUGGAAGUGCAAUCUACGCUCAAGGCUCACAGGAAGAAGCUUUUGGAAGAUGUAGCGUUACAGCAGAUACAAUUGGAGCAAGAACUCGAGAAAGUUCAGCAGGAAAGAGACAUGAAUAGAACGCGUUUGUUGUCAUACAUUUACAAUGCGGAAAAAGAGGCUGAUAAUGUGAUUGAAGAAUUUUUGAGAAACAGCGAGGAAGAAAGGCAGAGUCAGGCAGAGUUAGUGGAGCGGGAGAAGCAAGAAGAAAUGCAACUAUUGAGCUCUUGUCACUCGGAACAAUUCAUGUUACGUACGAAAGACACUCUUUUUGCAAUGGAGAAAUUGUUGGAGGAGGAAAUGUACAGAAUGAGAAAAUGGGAAGAACAUACCAAAUUCAGAAAUUACACUGUACAAUCUUUACUUACGCUGGAGGUAACAAACAACGACCACUUGGCUCAGAUAGUGCAUGAUCAAGAAAAAAGCAGGCAAGAUCUCGUUGACAGAUUACGACAGGAUGAAGUUUUGCAAAAAGCGGCUGUCGCCGCGUUGUUGGAACGGAGCGACGCACGUUCCUGGAGCAUUAUUCAACAAAUGAAUCUAGUGCAGUCGCAAUUAGCUGCGCUCACUAAUAUCGAACUCGAGAGGCGAAAGUUGGAGAUCAAUCAACAACUUAAUGAGAUCGCUGAUAGACGCGUGGCCUUAACAGCUAUUCUGAUUGACUUAUUAGAACAACAAACACAAAGGAGAGACCAACUACUAGCAACAAUCAAUACAAUAGAGCAACAACGAUUCAUUUCCAACCCGAGACGUGGCAGUUUGUUCUGGCUGAUGCAGUAUCAAUCUUUGAUGGAAGCUCGACCGCAAGGACUAUUGGAAAUGUUGGAACCUAUGCUUGUUCGACAUGUAGCGAUAGCAGGAGCUUUACACUGCCUUCCAUUCUUAGCCACCUUACCAUCCUUGUUACCGGAUAUCAGUGACGAACAGUUAAAAAAUAUUGGUAUAAAUUGUGAGAAUGAUCGUGCUGCCAUAUUGCUGGCGGUUGAGAAUUAUCUAGCAGAAGUUAAACUGAAUGAAUCCAGAUCACCCGUAACAGCCUCCGCGCCUCUCGAAGAGGCAUCGACCAGCGAUCAAGACAACAGUUUUAUUCAGAAUGUCAACGUGAUUGAAUGCGUAAUCUGCCUCGAUUUACAAUGCGAGGUGAUUUUUCUACCUUGUGGACACUUUUGCUGUUGCUCCAUUUGCGCGGAAAAAGUUUCUGCAGAAUGUCCAAUGUGCAGGAGUUCAAUAGAACGCAAAGUUCGAGUUGUGCAACCUUAAAUUUAUAAAACUCUGUUUUAUUAUCGGCUUGUUCGAAUAAUCUUUCGACUUGAUGCUUCUCAAAGAUAUCGCAAAAUGCGCUAUUUUUCCUGGUCUGUGAUUAUGCACGUCAAACUGUUUCCAUAAUAGUGGAAAGUGUAACGCGCACAAGUUAUAUUUACCAUUGAUAUAAUGCUCAUAUAGAUAUAUAUAGAUAUAUAUAUAUAUAUAUAUAUAUAUAUAUAUAUAUAUAUAUAUAUACAUAUAUACACACAUAUACAUAUGCAUAUAUAUCAAUGUACGGAAAAUACAUUACUAUAUAUUGACUCACAAAAUUGCUCAAAUGAUCAAAUUUGUGAGCAAUUAGGUUUUUUUUAUCACAAAAUCUAAGUUUUUCCUCGGAAAUUCUUUGGUUGUUUGAUAUUGACAUAGCAAUAUAAGCGAAACAGCAUUCUACAAGCACUGUAAUUUAACAAUCUUUUUCUAUGCACUUCAAUUCAUUGUUUAAACGGAUUUAAAUGAAAUGAUAAGAAAUCGACUUUCUAGAUAAAUAUUACGUUAAUUAAAAAUUUUAUUUGCGCCGUUUUCAUUUCUCUGUUAUUCUUUAUUAGAAAUAAAGAAAAAGAUAUUUGGAUCAAUUUAAUGUAUCAAAAAAGAAUUGUAUCUAUUGCGUAAAUUUUUAUGCUUUAGUAUCUUAUGUAAUGUCAUAAAUAUAUUAUAUAAUAUUGCACACUGAUUUUAUAUGUGCAGAUAUAAUUUAGUCUAAGUAUACAUAAUAUAGUAGGCAAUUGGCUUCAGACUUCAGUAACAAUUAAAGACAACAUCAAAGAGAAAUUAAAACGGUGCAAAAAGUUCAAAGGAAACUUAAAAAAAGAAUUAAAUACAUUUUAUAUUCUUAAAACCAAAUAUAUUACAUAAAACUUAAUUGUCCUACUGUAAGUACAUUAAUCGUGACAUAUUUUCAUAAAUUACAGAAUACACAAGAAUGUACAAGCACAUCUGAGAUAGAAAUUUGUUAAUAAUUAACAAGAAAAAAUCAGUGGCAAAUUUUUAUAAAAAAAUGUUUACAAUGAAAUUUUGAUAAACAAUCGUUUCUAUAUGAAUCGAUACGAUUUGAAUUUUACUUCCUCGUCUAAACUUUUUAAUGUAAUUAAUCAUGAAAAAGAUUGUUGUUAAAUAAUAAUAAAUUUCAUUUAUGCAAAUCGA